AUGUUCGGGUUGUUUGGUCGGAAACCUGCGGCACCACCGCCACCUCCAGCACCUGAAGACCCCAAUGCACCCCCCCCAUUGCCCCCACCUGAUGAGCCACCUCCACCAGCUGUGCCAUCAGCACCUGCCAUCCCAGAGGAACCGCAGGAGCCGCCCAAGGCCCCUGAGGCACCAGUGGAGGGGCCGCCAAGUCCGCCACCCAAGGCCUCAAAGCCUGGCUGGUUCAGCUCCCUCUUCAGCUCCAAACCAAAGGCUCCAGCACCACCGGCCCCGCCAGGCCAGGAUGCACCUCAGCCGCCAGGUCCCGAACCUCCUGUAGCUCCGGAACUGCCAAAAGCAAUGCCGCUGCCGCCUGCUGCGACUUUGCCGGCGCCCAUGUUGCCACCAACCACUUUGCCACCCCCAGCCGCCGCCGCCACCUUGCCAGCUCCAAGCACUUUGCCACCAGCAUUGCCAGCACCAAUGACCCUACCCCCACCAGCCACACUUGCACCAGCACCCGCACCUGCUCCAGCACCUGCCACCGCGCCAGCCGUGCAAGCGGCUGCAGCUGUGGCCCCGGCCUCACCAGCCCCGCAAGGACCACCCUUGAGCACCUUGGCACCGCCGCAACGUCGGCCAGCACCUUUAGCACGGCGUCCAGCAGUCAUGAAGCCCCAAGAUUUGGAGGAGGCAGUUCAAUCGUGGCUAUCGUUGUGGCAAGAUUGCCGAUGCAUUGCGCCAACGCCAGCAGCAUCCGGGGCUUCCGGCCAAGAAGCGGCACGGCUCUUUGUUCUCCGACUGAGCAGUCUGGCGGAGGCUGAGGUGCCUAUCUCUGCAAAUGGCACCUUGCAAAAGCAAGCCCUCGCUCGCUUGGCGCGAGCUGCAGAGGAGGAAUCCCCUGAGGCGCUGUCGCUUCACAUGCGUCUCUCCUUUCUCCACACGCCACUGGGAGGCAGGCCUGAGGUUUAUGGUCACAGUUUCACUGGACCUCGACUUCAAAUCCAACGGGUUCAAAGCCGCGUCAGCGGAAGUGAAGGUCACUUGACGGUGCACGCACUUGCAGAGCCACCGACGCUGUUCUUUUUCCGCUCAGCCAUCACCAGCAAAGAAUUGCGAAUCCUUGUGGAAGUCCUGGCGUUCGAGGAGCCUCCAAGACAAGCAACGGCUGCAGCACCAGCAGUCAACAGGCUUUGGAAGCUGGCAGCUCCAAAAGCCAAGGCCAAACCCAAGGCCGCGCCUAAACCCAAGGCCAAGGCCAAAGCAUUGCCUGGGGCCCCUGGUGCCCCUGAGCCCAGCCUGGACAUGCAGAAGGCCUACAAGGCAAGGGCUGCGGCACCAGGGGGUCGCGCAGCAUCCUCCUGGCCCUUGACGGGUGGACGCUAUCCCCUACCACUCUUUGGCGAUGCGGAGCCAGAGUGUGUGCUGGGAUGGGCCAUGAUCAGUUUUGACCUCGCGACGGAGAGCCGCAGCAUUCCUUCCAACCACGGGCCCAAGCGGCUGCGCCCUGGCCCCCUGCGAGAACGACUGCUUGCAGCUGAGUUUUUCGGAGGCAAGGUGACCCCUGCCAUGGACCAGGAGAUCCAUCGCUUGCUGACGCCUCCAACGACAAAGGCAGCUGCGGCAAAGCCACAGCCGGUGAUUGAGUCCGACCUGCAGGUCAUACCACUGGAUGGCGCCGCCAAGCGCUUGUUGCCCUUGGACUUUCCAGCCGUCACUGAAUCACUUCGCAUGGGCGGUUUGGAAGUCAUGGAGGAUGCUGCUGGUCUUCAAAUUGAUGCUGACUUGAAUCCAAAUGUGGUGGAUCCGGACGUCUUCGUCAGAGGUCUUUUGGUGACCUUCCCCGACAACCUUUGGAUCGACAACUUCUUGAGGGCACUUCCAUCGACUGCAGUCACUGCAGCUGGAGUGCCCGCACCACCCUCCAGCUGGGAACUGGUGGAACUAAACGCUCUCGUUGGUUCUCACAACACCCUGCGAUGGUUGGACGAGCCGCUGCGAGGACUGUCAGACGGCAUGGCAGCGCACUACCCGUUGGAUGACACGGGGCACACAUGGCGCUUGAAAAUGGAGAAGCUUGAGGAUGGCCAGCGGUUUUGGUUUGGUGGGGAAGUCCCUGUGGAAUUUGUGUGUCAUCCCGACUGUGCCGUGGUGGUGGAGCUGGUGGCAGUUUUGCGGACGCCCGGUCCGAUGGCGCAAAUGCUGCAGAACCAGGCGGCUACUGCGCCUUUGCUGGGAGCACAAGUGACACAGGCAACAGACAUCUUCAGGAAGCAAACUUUGGGCUGGACGGUGCUGCUGCCCUUCUAUCACACCACCAGCGAGGGCCUGCUGAAAGCCUGUGCAGCUACUCCUGGUGAGCGUCCGUCCUUGGGCUUCGAUCUAGAGCUUUAUGGCGGCCCUGGCUUAUCCCUGCUGGGUGAAGAGGUGUGGAUGCCUCCUGCGGCACCAGGCAUGACUCUAAGGCCAGAGGAGCUUGGGAAACCCGUGAGACCCGCGGUGUCGGCCUGGAAUCCCAGACUUUUGGAACAUUGGCAUGGAUGGUGGAGUGGGUAUGGUGGGGCCGAAUCUCAGAACAUCGGUGACCUGUUCAAGUGCAAGGCCAGCCGGCUCCGAGCCAACUUCAACUUAUGUGGCGACCGUGUGGUGCAGUGGCUGAGACAGCACGUUCCGUUGCCGCCUCCAGAGACACCGUUGCCGGCAGUUCAGCCAACGCCGAUGUCCACACUGCAGCCAUUGCAGCCGGGCCUACCCGGAACAUUUCUCCAGCCAGCGGUAGACAUAUCUGCAGCUCCAGUUGCCAAGGCAAUCUCGCCUGUCCAGCCAAUUGGCACUGUUCCAAGUGUGCAUCAACCAAUCCCAAGCGUGCCCGGUCAGAAGGGUCUACCAGGGGCGGCUGUACAAGCUGCGCCAGUGGUUGAGAAGAUCUAUUUGAGAGACCAAGCGGUGCAGAGCGAUCCACCCCCCCUCGGCUUUGAUGACAACAUUAUCAAGGAUUCUGCACCCAAGGCUCAAGGCACCGCCACAGCACCGCCUUCGAGGCCCCUGGGCGCAUUGGACCGCGCCCAUUUGUUGAGCGCCGGUGCCCCGCCCAAAGCCAGUGCCGCAGCCAAAGCAGGGGCCAGUCCCUCCGUGGCUGCGGGCGAAAGUGCGCCUGCAAGACGUGAGUUGCGCUGGAAGUUCGAAGAUGAGGACCUGCUCCAAGCUGAUGAAAUCACCCUGGAGCUGGUGGCGCUCAGGAGCUUUGCAGAACUUGAAGGAGAAAGAAUCUACUUCCAAUUGCGUUUCUUCCUCUUUCCUCCUGUGAAGACCACCACGGCCGCUUUGGCUGGGAAGGCUGGAGAAGCGUGUCUACUUCGGAGUGCGGUGACCAAUGAGCGCCUGGCCGUGGUGUACAGCAUGGAUGGCUACAGCGUGAACUCAGUGGCAAGGUCUGCAGCUACAAUUCAUCGACGGUUGGUGGAAUACCUCAGUGCUCGAAGUGUGGACAUUGAAAUUUGGAGCGCGGAUUCAGAGAUGCAGAUUGGAGUCGCUUCAGUGCCCUUAGAGAUGCUGGUGAGACAAGGACAUCAGGUGGCAAAGAUCGAAGGGGAGCAUGCGGUGCUUGAACCCCUGACAGGUGAACCGCGGGGCACCUUGCGGGUUCUACUGGUCAACCGAGGCCAACCCCCGACAGCAUACAAGGAGCUGGCAGCACCUCCGCCACCGCCGCCCGAGGAUGGCAACCCCCAGUCGCCGCCCCCGGCGCCGUCGCCCACCCGCAAGACGCGACAGAAGGUCUCGGCCCUCAUGGAGCCCGGGCAAGAUGCCAUGGUGGGAGGCAUGCAAGGCCUUGCUGGUCAGGGAAGCAUGGCACAAGAGCUGAACCAGAAGAAACACGAGCGUUUGCAGCAGCUGCGAGCAUUGCGACAAGACACUCGCGACAGUGUCUCAGAACACACUGCCCUCCUGGCUGCUGCUGAGUCUGUCCGACAAGAUCGGAAAAGACAAGAAGUAGCCAGGCGCAUGGACCGCUUCAACACGACCCAGCAAUCACUGACUUCCAGCUUUGCAACUCCAUCCUACUUCACCGUGGACUUUACAAACCCCUAUGGACAGCAAGCUACCUUCAACGUGCACGUCCUGGCUCGUGGCGAGAAACCCCAGCCCCCUCCAGAAAUUUUGCCAUCCGUGCCGCCACAAGCACCCUUGCAAGGGGUUCUCGUUGCACCUCCAGAGCAAAAUCUCAUGCUCAUCAAAGACCCCGAGGAGUGGCGUCGCUUGACGGCCCAGGGCUUGCUGCCCACGGCUCCUUCAGGCGACUUCAGCCGCUUAGCAUCGGGAUCUUUCAUCUUGAAUCCCCGAGAGAGUAUCAGCCUUCCAUUUCGAUACCUGGACUUUGACUUUCCAGGUUUGAAUGCUACACCACAGCAGGCCUCAGGCGUUCGCCUGGCAGAGGUGGCUGCUUCGGUGGCAGGUCCAGGCAGCCGUGACUUUCUUGUGGAGGUGGUGCUCCACCAAGGGCCGGUGUUGCGACGUGUUGAGGUUUCAGUGGUCCCACAACCGAGUGUGGUGGAUCGGAAGAUUCGGUACUUCGAGGCAGAGGGUGCUGCAGUCGAGAAGGUCAUGGCUUUGCCACCAGUACCGCAGUCGUCCUCCAGUGGAAGUUGCUAUGUCUACUGCACUAGCAGAAAUGUGCAUGUACAGCGUCGAGAUCAGGCUGGACUGUGCAGCUUUCAUGAUGCCAGGGCAUGGAAGAUCACUGCAACCGCUCGGGCCCUCAUGCGGCCAUCUCGAUCCGAUGGAGCGCUGCGUCGGCCCAUCCGUCAGAUCCUGGAGCCCGUGGCCAAGCGCAUCGCAACACCAACGAUGGCAACGCCGCUGGCCCCCGCUCGGCCCAUUUCAGUGGUUGCAGGUACUUCCAUCGAUCAGAUGCAGAGGCAGCUGCAAAAAGCUGAAGCCAUGUUGAACUGCUGCGUGCAAAGUGUUGAGGCUGCUUGGGAUUUGUCGGCUCAACGACUUACGGAAUUUGAUCAGAAACUGUCAGCACUGGAUGUGCGACUGGUGGAGCUUAGCCAGAAACAAGUGGAUGAUGAAGAGACAGAGGCCCGCCGGCAAACAGCUCGCUUGGUCACUUUGGAGAAUCGUUUGGACGAACUGGUGAAACGCUUGGAGAAUCCUCAGCCUGAACCUCAGCUGAACCUGGAGAGUCUCGACUUUCUGAACCAUCGCGUGGCCAGCCUCUCUGAGCGCCUGGCUGCAGAGGCUCGGGUCCGGGAGGCACAGUUCAGGCGCUUGGAAUCUCUGCUGAGCCAAAGUCAAUGCACUCAGAGCACCGUUGAAUCGGAACCCUUGGCACCCCAUCGCACCCUUGGCACCACAGUGACCAGCGGCGCCACCCUGACGCGAGACUCCUCCAUGCCGACUUUGCCGGGCGCUCGGAGCUCCUUCUUGGAGGUGGUGACCGACGAUGGGCGUUGGAGUGGCGAGUCAGACCGGAGAUACCAUGAUCCAUCCAGAGCCUUCACACCUACCAAGACGUCACACUACCGGCCUUUCACCCCGCGGGUGGAGCCACCUGGUCGUUUGGAGAGCCCAUCUCCCAUCCUGCCGCAGUACCGCCGGGCGGCCUCGGCUUCACCCAGGGUGGCCAGGCGCUUGGAUGCCUCCAUUGAUCCUCCGGGCAGGGGCAACGGCUUGGUGUCCCAUGUGUCGUUGUUACCACGUCACGUCAAGGCACAGGCACAGGAGAAUCCAUCGGCCAAGGCUUGUCAGGUGGAGUAUUUGAUUGCCAAACCGGAACCGGUUGGGCCGGUGUUGGUUCAGACCUUCGCCUUGGAAGAGGUGUCCCUCCGCUUCAUGGCCCCGCAGUCACCCGCAGUGCUUCAAUUCUUUGUGGUCUUCUACGGGGAUGCACACUUCAGCAAUCUGGUUGCCGUGCAACUGGUUGAAGUCCAGGGGCUGCGUACGGAGAAGAUCCGCAUCGUCGUUGGGCAAGGCAUUGAACGAUCAAUUUGUUUGGCCCCGGCAGAGGUGCUUGAUGCGGGCACAGUGCGCUUGCACUCAUCAAAUCCUGAGGCAGUUCAAGUGCAGCCAACAGCAGAGGUCGAUCCUCGCUACGGUGUCAAGUUCAACAUCUUGAUCACUUCCAUGCAGGCUGGAGCAGUGGAAAAGUGA